AUGCCUGAAAUGGAUGAGUCCCAAAAGAAGGACAUCCAGGAGCUCGUCGCUUCACUUGCCAAGGGCAGCGACGAUGCCAAGAAGUUGAAGGCUGCCAGACGUUUGGCCAAGUUGGCAGAGAGAGGUGGAAAGUGUAACGAAGCCAUUGUUGCUGCCGGUGCCCUGCCACUGCUAGUGGGGCUCAUCGCGGACGGCAGGGAGGAUGCACAGGUCGAGGCUGCAACUGUUUUGUGCCGCCUUACCUCCAGGAGCCCUGAAAAUGCUCAAGCCCUUAGCGCUGCAGGUGGCAUUCCGCCCCUGGUGGCUUUGUUGGCCAAUGGCAAAGAGGGCAAAGCGCAACACACUGCUGCUCUGGGACUGAAGAAGUUGGCCGAACACAGCUCUGAACUUCGAAAAGCUUUGGCUGUGGCUGGUGCCAUCCCGGCGCUGGUGGCUGUGGUUGCAAAGGGCAACAACGUUUAUACAAAGGAGAUAGCUGCCAAUGCUUUGGGGUACUUGGCCUCAGAAGAUCCCGCGUGUGUCAAAGAGAUUGCUGCUGCAGGUGGCAUUGAGGCCUUACAAGCCUUGGCCAAGGAUGGUGCGGAGCGGGAUGCACGUGACCAAGCUUCAGACACCUUAAAGCGUUUGGGCGCAGAUCCAAACUCAUCUGUCUCAUCUGUCUCUGCAAAGGCUGGUGCGACGCCACAAGCAGAACCUGCCCUGCAAAAUGCCAGCACUUUGGACGUAGAGACACUGAGAGCCGAGGUCCGAAAUCUGGAAGAUGGCAAGGAUGAGGAGAAGGUCAAGGCAGCCGAGCAGCUGGGGACAUGGUCCACAGUUUCGGAUGAGAACCGAGUGCUGAUCAGCAAAGAAGGUGGAGCCAGUGCUUUAGUGGCCGUAGUGGUGACAGGCAGCGAUGAUGCCAAAUGGCACGCUGCAAGAGCAUUGCGGCACCUGGCAAACAAUGUCGAGGCCAAAAAGGCAAUAGUGGAAGCUGAUGGCAUCACGACUUUGACCCCGCUUGCCAAGCACGGAAAGGGAAAAGUCAAAGAGGCUGCGGAUGAAGCUCUGAAACUCCUGUCUCAGAAGGAAGACAAGGAGACAGGCCCGGCUUCCGAAGUGGAAACAGCUGGUGACAUCCCGAAUGGUGCAGGCACCUGCGUCGCAAUGUUUUCAGCCAGGUUUGAUGGGGGUCCUAUGGAGCAGAAGUUUCGUCGUGUCUUCAAGAUUCUAAAAGACAACAAGUACGAUGUUCUGAUGGUUUCUGCAGAUGCUGGAGAGAGCUUUGGAGAUCUGACCACAGAGUACCUGGAUCGUUUGCGAGAGGAGGGAGGCACCAUGCUGGCCGUUUGCACAAAGCAUUAUGGUGAGAAGACCGCCUCUGCUCAUUCGUCCCAUGAAGAGCUUAAGUUUGCCUUGGACGAAUCUGUGAGGAUCCUUCCACUCAAGGUGGAGGACACCUAUCCACCAGAGCCACCAGGUGGCCCACAACAUAGAUAUGACGAGAAGAACUUGGCUCGCGGCUACAUUCGCAGAAUCUUUAAGCCAAGUGUUGUGUAUUUAGAUUGCAGAGACAAAUCAGACCAGCAAAUCGCCGCUGCCAUUGCAGAACAUCUGCGGAAGCAUCGGCGAAAGUCCAAGGGUGCACUUGCCGGUGCAGAUGCUUAA